GACAAUUUGUCAAUAUUGUCAGUGAUGGAAAUAAUGAAAGAAGCCUAUGAUUAUUUAAAAAUAUAAAAGAAAAAUUCUAUAUUCGUGAAAAUAAACGAUGACGGUCGAAAAUGAACCAGAAACUAAAGAAAUUACAAAAAGAGAAAGUGAACGUGAUUCUAUAUUAACAUAUCUAGCUCAUAACUCUAAUAUAUGUUUCAAGAGCCAACAAAAAUGGGAAAAGGACCUUACAGUGGAAGAAAAAAUUGAAAUUGGCUUGGAAUUAUUUAAAAAUAAUAAAUUACAGUUUCUUACAAAAUUUGGUAAAUACUUGAAAUAUUCUCAACUUCAGUAUUUCAGAAAAGUGACAGAAUAUGAUCCCAACUUUCAAGAUAUAGAUAUUGUAUUGAAUAAUUUAUUAGGCGCCUCACAAGAGAAUUCUCAUAAUGUCAUUAUAAAAAAUCGAAGGUAUCAGGCAAUGGUGAAAAUGAUUCAGGAAACUUCUUAUUUUUCUGAAAUAGAAAUGAUGAAAAGAAACCCUCUUUUAUACAAUCAACUUAUUGGACAGUAUUUAACAUCAGAUGAAGUAAAAGAAAGAGAUAGAUAUGAUAAAGACAGUAGUUUUGUGAAAAUAUUGAUGGAAGGAAUUGAGAGAGAUAAUGCAGAAAAAGUUAGACAACAAGAGGAGGAGGUCGAAAAGUAUGAAAUGGAACACGAAGAUGUAUCUGAUGAAGAAUCAGAUGACAUUCCACAACCAUCUACAUCCCAUUGGGGUGAAAUUGUAUUUAAUAGAAAACCGCAAAAAUCAAUUAACAUUGACCAUAAAUCAAUUUUUAUUAAACCCGAAGAGAGGAAAUUACUUAAAGAUGAAUUUGUAACAACAAUGUACGAAUCAUUUUUGAGUGGCAAGGACACAGAUUUUGAUUAUGAAACAGUGGACAACAAUACUUCAUAUGAUGACAUGGAUGAAAUUGAUAAUGAUGAAGAAGAAAAAUAUUUUGACUCUGAAGAAAUUGAUGAAAAUUGUAGAGCUGCUGAAAGUUCUGAAGAUGAAUUAGAUGCAUAUAUGAAUACCUUAAGCUAAAAUACACAUUGUUAUUUUAUGAAUAAAUAAAGAACAGUUCAACUUGACACAAUAAA